CAGAGGUCCCCCAAGCCCAGGCAGGGGACAUGGUGUGGGAAAGGCAGCAGGGACGGGGGCCAGGGAGCUGACUACAGGGGGCCAAGGAGCCUGGAGAAAUGAGGGCAGGAGCAGGGAGGGGGCAGUCAGGAUGGUGAGGAGAAGCCAGAGACGAAAGCUGCAAAAAUUCACCGGGCUGUGCAGACGGGAGGAAGGGCUCCGGGUGAAGCGGAGCUGCCCUUCCUGUGGCCCAGAGCCUGGGGGUGAAGAGAAGAAGGGGAGAGGGAACCCUAUUUCUGUUCAGGUGUUCCCCCCAGAGCUGGUGGAGCAUAUCAUCUCAUUCCUCCCAGUCAGAGAUGUAGUCGCUCUGGGCCAGACCUGCCACUACUUCCACGAAGUGUGCGAUGCUGAGGGCGUGUGGAGACGCAUCUGUCGCAGGCUCAGUCCUCGCCUACGAGAGCAGGGUUCUGGGGUCCGGCCCUGGAAGAGAGCUGCCAUUCUUAACUACACGAAGGGCCUGUAUUUCCAGGCAUUUGGGGGCCGCCGCCGCUGUCUCAGCAAGAGUGUAGCCCCCCUGCUAGCCCAUGGCUACCGCCGCUUCUUGCCCACCAAGGACCAUGUCUUCAUUCUUGACUAUGCGGGGACCCUCUUCUUCCUCAAAAAUGCCCUGGUCUCCUCUACCCUUGGCCAGAUCCAGUGGAAGCGAGCCUGCCGCUAUGUUGUGUUGUGUCGUGGAGCCAAGGAUUUUGCCUCAGACCCAAGAUGUGACACAGUUUACCGUAAAUACCUCUAUGUAUUGGCCACUCGGGAGCAGCCAGGGGUGGUAGGCACAACUGGCAGCCGGGCCUGUGACUGCGUCGAGGUCUACUUGCAGUCCAGUGGGCAGCGGGUCUUUAAGAUGACCUUCCACCACUCCAUGAGCUUCAAACAGAUUGUGCUGGUGGGUCAGGAGACCCAGCGGGCUCUGCUGCUUCUCACAGAGGAAGGAAAGAUCUACUCUUUGGUCGUGAAUGAAACCCAGCUGGACCAGCCACGCUCCUACACAGUUCAGCUGGCCCUGAGGAAGGUGUCCCGGUGCCUGCCUCACCUUCGAGUGGCCUGCAUGGCUUCCAACCAGAGCAGUACUCUCUACAUCACGGCCUUUGACCCCCUGGACCAGCAGAUGCCGCUUGCUCUUUCACUGCCUGCCAAGAUCUUAUUUUGUGCUCUUGGCUAUAAUCACCUUGGCCUGGUGGAUGAAUUUGGCCGAAUCUUUAUGCAGGGAAAUAACAGAUAUGGGCAGCUGGGAACAGGGGACAAAAUGGACCGAGGGGAACCCACACAGGUACAUUAUCUGCAACGCCCCAUUACCCUGUGGUGUGGCCUCAACCACUCCCUGGUGCUGAGCCAGGGCUCAGACUUCAGCAAGGAGCUUCUGGGCUGCGGCUGUGGGGCUGGAGGCCGCCUCCCUGGCUGGCCUAAGGGGAGUGCCUCCUUCGUGAAGCUCCACGUCAAGGUCCCUUUGUGUGCCUGUUCCCUCUGCUCUACCAGAGAGUGCCUCUACAUGCUGUCCAGCCAUGACAUCGAGCACCACCCCACCUAUAGGGACCUACCAGCCAGCAGGGUGGUGGGGACCCCCGAGCCCAGCCUGGGAGCCGGAGCAUCCCAAGACGCAGGGGGGGCGGCCCAAGCCUGUGAGGAGUACCUCAGCCAGAUCCACAGUUGCCCCACCUUGCAGGAUCGCAUGGAAAAGAUGAAGGAGAUCGUAGGCUGGAUGCCCUUGAUGGCUGCACAGAAGGAUUUCUUUUGGGAGGCCUUGGACAUGCUGCAGAGGGCUGCUGCAGGCGUUGGCCCAGGCCUCCCAACCCCAGAGAGCUGACCACCCCCUCUCCUAGUCUCACCCCUGGAGGGAGAGUCUGGCCCUGGGCCAGGAGCUAAGGAGAAAUGGGGUGGUAGCAAUAAACACUGUAUGUGCACAAGGGGUGGGGGGUGUGCGGGGAUUGCUAGACAUGCCAGGGUGGAGAGGGAACUGUUUUGUAAAAUGUUCAGGGGGCUGCCCAGGAGGAGCCCCCAAUCUGACUAUCAUGGACAAGAGAUUUGAUGGACAAAUAGAAUAAAAGGCUGAAGUGAG